AAUAUUUUUGUUACACAGUGACACUAUCGUACGCAUGCGCUGUAGCUUUCCUUUACGUCGAAUCGUUUCAAUAUGGGUUCAACGAGCAAAAGAAAGACCAGAAAGUUGAGAGGUCACGUAAGCCAUGGCCAUGGACGUGUUGGCAAACACAGGAAGCAUCCCGGAGGUCGUGGUAAUGCCGGAGGUCAGCAUCACCACCGAAUCAACUUUGACAAAUACCAUCCGGGUUACUUCGGCAAAGUUGGCAUGCGACAUUACCACCUAGCGCGUAACCAAUACUGGUGCCCGUCGGUGAAUGUCGACAAGAUAUGGUCGCUGGUCAGCGAGCAGACGCGGGAAGUCUACGGCAAGAAGCCAGAGGGACCUGCACCGGUCAUCGACGUCGUUAGAGCAGGUUAUUUCAAAGUCCUUGGCAAGGGCCAUUUGCCGAAGCAACCUGUCAUUGUGAAAGCAAAGUUUUUCAGCAGACAAGCCGAGGAAAAGAUUAAGGCUGUAGGAGGUUGCUGCGUGCUCGUAGCUUAAAUGUAUUUGCCGGCCUGUAUAGUUGUAAUAAAAUUAAUUAUGUGAGAUAAA